AUGUCCCAGGAUGUGGCUUUAACAGGGGUUCCUCUUCCAUCGAUUGCUGAGGAGAUGCCAAGGAAGUCCGUAAUGGCGAACAAUGAUAAGUUGGAUCAGAGCUUCCUGGUGUUGACACCUGAACAAUUCUUCCACCGAGCUACUCCAGACCAUGCAGACGAGAUUCUUCGUCUUCUGAGAGUACUCGGAGCUUUCUCAUCGAACAAAAUGUCAGAAUUUUCUGACAAGGCUUUCCACGUAUACGCCAUCCAAAACGUGGAUUGGAUGCCAUCUUGUCGAAAUGAUGAUGGAUUGUGGCAGCCAAACGCUUUCCGGGAUGUCCUCAUAAAGUUACGAAAUUUGUCCGUGCUUGUUGAUUGUCAGAUUGAAGAAGAUGGAGUCAUCGUACAAAUAAGCUCAGAAGUAAUAUCAUGGGCAUAUUCUAGUGUACCACGUCCGAUCCAACGGGAAUGGAAGGCCGAAGGGACCGAUAUACUAGGAGCCUACCUUCUGUCUCUACGGUCUCAAAACAUCGACAUUAGUCCCAGAGACAAGAAGCACAUUCAGCAAUGUAUUGAUGCUCUUCUCAACCACGAGGUGGUUACAGUAGCCCCGUUAUUCGUGGAAAAUCAUCCGGCCUUCAGUCCUUUCCAACAAAUCGUAUGGUUUCUGGAUGCUCAGGGUUUCCACAAGCGUGCAGCAGAACUUUGUCAGAUCGACCUCUCUGCCAUCGUCGAUAUGUUCGGAGAACACCACCAGGAAACUUUCGUGGCUAUGACAAAUCUCUCUUUCUACCUGCGACGCGGAGGCGAAUAUGAAAGAGCAGAACACUAUUGUCGAAAAGCCCUUGAGGGCAAGUUUCGAGUCCUCAGCAAAAACCACAUCGAAAGUCUUCGAAGCAUGCGGCAACUUGCCAACCUGCUCUGCGAUCAGGGUAAAACAGCAGAGGCUGAACCUAUCGCGAAAGAGGCUAUGUCGCGUUUCCAAUCUAGCAUUGGAGAUGGAAAUCCUGAAUUGCUUUCAUUUAAAGCUCUUGUUGGAUAUAUUUUGCGAAGGCAGCGGAAAUUUGACGAAGCUCUUCCACACUAUGAGCAAAUAUCAGCCCUUAGCGGUCAGAUUCUAGGAAUUCACCAUCCUGACACACUUGCCUAUUGUAACAACUAUGCCUUUCUUCUAAGAACCCAAGGACGACUAGCUGAUGCAGAAAGUGUCUAUCGAAGCCUUGAGAUUUCGAAACGGACGCUCCAGGGCGAACAUCAUCCGGAAACACUUGCGAGCAUGAACAACGUUGCAGCUGUUUGUCAAGCUCGGGGUAAAUUUAGUGAAGCGGAGCACAUUUGUCGGAAAGCACUGGAGAUCAGACAGAAGAUCAUCGGAAAAGAAGAUCCGCAGACGCUUAUAGUCGCUAACAAUCUUGCGGUUGUUUUGCAGUUGCAGGGCAAGCUAGAAGAUGCUGAACUGUUAUAUCGUGAAAAUGUCGCUGUUCAGGAGAGGGUACGGGGGAAAGAUCACCCGGAUACGAUGGCCAGUAUGAGGAAUCUAGUGUCGUUCUUGGGAAAUAGAAAGAGACCUGCUCGUGAUCAAGCUGCAGUUCCAGAGAUAUUCGAACAUAAUGACGGAACAGAAGAAAAGUUAGAAGACUAG